AUGUCCGACACCACUUCACCCACCACCUCCGCGGCUCAGCAUGGGGCGCUCCAGUUUUCAAUGGAAGAGCUGGCAGCGGGUGGCUUUGCUGGCUUUGCGGAGCACUUUGUGAUGUUUCCCUGCGACACCAUCAAGACACGCAUUCAGGGCGGGCAUGCGCGAAGUAUACGACACGUGGUGAGACACUUGUGGAGCCACGAGCGGCUAACGCAUCUCUAUCGCGGAUGCGUGCCGGUUCUCGUCUCAGCGAUUCCAGCGCAUGGUGCGUACUUCAGCGUGUACGAGGCGCUCAAACGUCUCUUUGGCGACGACACCAAUGUGGGCAUCGCCGCAGCGGCGUCGUUCGCCACGGCUGCCCACGACACGGUGUCUACGCCGUUUGACGUCAUCAAGCAGCGCAUGCAGAUGGACAGACAUCGCUGCUUCACGAGCUCCGUCGAGUGCGCUAGGCGGAUUGUCAGAAGCGAAGGUGUCGGGGCCCUUUUCACUUCUUUGCCAACGACUGUGGUAAUGAAUAUUCCCCACUUCUCGGCCUACUGGCUCGCUUAUGAGGGCUUCCUUGCGUCUCGCGGGCAUGGCAGCGUGCGUCAUCGCGAAGACGAGAUGACGGUAGACUACAUGGCCGCCGGGUUUGUAGCAGGCGCGUGCGCUGCUGUUGCCUCCUUUCCCCUUGAUACUGUCAAGACACAUCUCCAGCUCGGACACGGACUCGGCUUCCGGCACACUUUGAGUCAGUUGAUCAAGCGUCACGGAAUGCGUGGCGUCUUCUCUGGCGUCCUGCCACGCAUCCUCUACACAGCUCCUUCUGGUGCCAUUAUGAUGGUGUCGUACGAAACAGUAAAGAACGUGCUCGUAUUCGAGAAGCGUAUCUUGUAA